GAGGCAUUGACAUAUUCUUUAUUCUUUUAAGUUUUAAUUCUUUCAAUAAGUACUUCUCCGGCUGUAGUUUCGUGUAUACUGAAAAAUGGCGAAGUCUAAGAACCACACAAAUCAUAACCAAAACCGCAAGGCCCACAGGAAUGGGAUCAAGAAGCCUAAGAAGUUCAGGCAUGAAUCUACCCUUGGAAUGGACCCUAAAUUCCUGAAGAACCAGAGGUUCUGCCUAAAGGGCAACCUGAAGCCCGCCAAGCAGAUCGCGAGGGCGGCCGAGAAGAAGGCCACGAGGGAAGCCAAGGCCAAGAAAUGAACAUCUAGCUUAUAAAAUAAUAAACACCUAAAAAAUUAUUUGUAUCUAUAUUAUUUCAU